CCCGCCGAACGUGAGUAUGAGAAGGACCAUUCAGCCUGAAUCGGUAUAAAACACCGUGAUGUUUUCUGUAAAAAGCAUCAGUUGUAAUCAGCAAAAACAACAGCAUCAUCUCAACCAACAUGAAGAUCUUUAUCAUUGCUGCUAUCCUGUCCGUUGUUUCCUGUCAAGCACCGUAUUACCAACCAACAUACACCCCUUAUCCAGAAUACAAACCGGAGUACCAAACAAAGCCGUCGUAUCAACCGGAGUACCACGCUACCCCGUCGUACAAGCCGAAUUACCCAGUACCGGCUUACAAACCUACGUAUCCUGAAUACAACAAACCAGCUUACCAUGAGCCAACGUAUGCCUACCAGGGCCCAGCAUACAAACCGUCGUACUCUCAGCCUGCGUACAAACCUGAGUACGAACCUGCGUAUCCUGUAUAUCAACCCUAUUCCCAACCUAAAUAUCCCUCUUACUGAGGUACUAUGUAGUGGAAUGCUGAAUGGAAAAUGGAAGGAUCAAGAUGGAUUAGGAAACAGUCUUACAUAUCUAAUGAUGUAAUGGCAAAAAUAGGCCCUUUUUAUGUUUAAAUAAAUUUAUAAGUCUAUAUCACGAA